GGAGGGAACAGUUUUCUCAUUUAUCGGAAAGCGUAAGGAUAGUUGAUCAUGCCUGAACCAGCCAAGUCCGCUCCAGCCGCGAAGAAAGGUUCCAAGAAAGCGGUGACCAAGACCCAGAAGAAAGAUGGGAAGAAGCGCAGGAAGACAAGGAAGGAGAGUUACGCCAUUUACGUGUACAAGGUGCUGAAGCAGGUGCACCCCGAUACCGGCAUCUCCUCCAAGGCCAUGAGCAUCAUGAACUCCUUUGUCAACGAUGUGUUUGAGCGCAUCGCAGGGGAAGCCUCCCGCCUGGCUCAUUACAACAAGCGCUCCACCAUCACCUCCCGGGAGAUCCAGACCGCGGUCCGCCUGCUGCUGCCUGGGGAGCUGGCCAAGCACGCCGUGUCCGAGGGCACCAAGGCUGUCACCAAGUACACCAGCGCCAAGUAACUGCUGCCCCAUCUCCUGCCCUACUCCCGGCAACACAAAGGCUCUUCUAAGGGCCCCCACUCCCUC